UUUUUUUUUUUUUUGGGGGGGGGGGGAGGUAGGGUGAGGUGAGAAGAAGGGCACUUGAUUGAUCUCCAAAGCUUUCAGGAAACGAAUUCAUGUUUACAGAAGGACUACACUAUUUUGGGUUCCUGCCUCCUCCAAAACUUGAAAAUCAAACCAGUUAAGCCCAAACCCUAACAAAAAAAAAAGUUACCCUUAAAGAAAAAUUAUGUUUAAAAUACCAAAACUGAUUUUUAAAAAUGUUGUGAAGUCGAAUUCCUCAGGUGGAUUUUGAAGAUAUUACCUAAAUGGCUUGUAAUUAGUAUAACAAAUGGAUAUUGACAAAGGAACUGUACUUGAAGAUGUUUGUUCUCUAAAAGUUUAAAAUGCCUUUUUUGAAAUCCUAUGCAUUCUUAGCAAAUUUUUUACAUAAAGUUGCAAAGGGAAACUUUUUAAGACAAUCCCUGUGCACAGUAUCGCAAACUGUUAAUUGUCAAAAUUAAUCAAGUUUUACUUAGAAUUUGAGUUAGGCAUUUUAAAAAUUCUUCUCCCCAGCUGUCAAAUUAAUUUUUCAAAAGGGCAGGUCUGACCAUGUCACUUCCCAUUGUCCCUUUUUCAAUAAACUCCAGUGGCAAGAUCAAAUAUAAAAUCCGCCUUUUGUCAUUGAAAGCUUUUUACAAUUGGCCCCCUCCUACCUUUCCAGUCUUAAACUUUAUUCUGUGUCCUAUGUUCUAGUGACACUGACCUGGCUGUUCCUCAAACUAGACAUUUCAGUGUUUGACUGCCCUUUCUUUGAAUCUCCCUGUUUCAAGAAAUGCCCUUCCUUUUUAAAUCUACCUCUUGCCUUACAGUCUCAGCUAAAACUCCUUAUUUUGCAAGAAGCCCUUUUUAAAUUUUUGAUGGUGUUCUCUUCCCUGUGAAAUUAUUUUCAAUUUGUAUAUUCUCUUGUUUGUACAUAGACAUUUGCUUGUUUUCCUCAUCAGUCUAUAACCAGGAGGGAGGUUUUUUGGUUGAUUUUUGACCUUUGUAAACUCAGUGCAUAGCAGUCUUGACUUUUGGGCAAUUUAUAAAUAUUGACUUGACUAUGAAAUACAAAGAAUUGGACAAUGACUUUUGUAGAGUAAAACUUUUGUAGGAAAUAUGUCUAUACCCUAAAUCUUUGCUAGUAGUCUCACUUUGGGAGCUAAUAGACCCUAUAAUUUUAAGUCAGUAAAUUUUAUUUAUAUUAAGGUGAAAUGUAAACCAUCUCAUCCUAUUGUAGUUGUAAUAUGUUAAUUAGAUGAGGACAAAUUUUAAUCAGUCAAUCAAUUAAAAGACCUUAAAUUUAAAAUGAAGCAUUUUUGAAAACCUCUGAAUGAAGUGAAAUGAUGCCAGAUAGGAAGGAAGUCUGUUUAAAUAAUCAGAGGAAACUUAUGCACGUCCAGAGAUCAUCUAUAAAUUAUCAAGCACAUGGAAAGGGGAUUGAAUUUUAGAAAUUGGAUCCUGUGGCUUUUUAGUAUCUCCCUGAAGAAUUGCAUGGAAGGAGGAAGAGGCCUAAGUCCCAGGAGCCCAAAACCCUCUCCACAGAUGGGGGCAUUCCACCUUAGGAGGUUUUGGAGAACAUUGUCCAAAACUACUUCUUCUGAUUAACAGCCAUGGACAAAUGGAAGGUAGAUCUCUAUUCUUAAGGGAAACUUGCUGAACAUUUUACAGAGAGAAGAAAAGGACUAUAAGUAAGUAUGUUAACUACUUUGAGGUAUAUGCUAAGUUUGAGGCCACUUUUUCCUGGACUCUACUUGUAAGAAUGUGCCACACAAUUAAAUCACCUGUACUGUUAUCUCAUUUUGGAAAAUAUCCCUUUCUAAAAAAGGAUUAAAACAAAACAACUAUAUGGCCUGGCUAACUAAAUGAUUUUCAGCUGAUAAUCUUGGUGGGAAACACAUAUUGCUGGGUCUUUAGAACUAUUUGGGGAGACAUAGCUAAGCUCUGACAAUUUGACUUGUCAGUAGGAAUAAGAAUUUGGAUAACCAUCAUUGGAGCUUUCAUGGAUGAGUCUUAGUGACCAUAUUAGACAUAAUAGAAGAGAAAAACGGUAUUUGCGUGGUCUGUUAGAGAAGCAUUUAUACUUUUUUUUUAAAAGAUGUAAUAUUGAAUUACCUAUUAUAUAUAUUGUAAAAUGCAAAAUUACAAUAAACAUUAAUCAUAUGUAUGAUCUUGUCAUUUUCCUCUUGCCUACAGCUAUAAAUACAUGUAGAGUGAGUAUUCAAGUGUUCUUUAUUACAUUUAUUUCACUCUUUGAAAUUUAAAGUGUAGCGAAUAGAUGGCUAAGAAAUAAUUUUUGUGAGCUGGUAACCUUUUUAGUUCUUUUCAGGUAUGCUACAUUUUUUCAUAUUUCUCUAGCUAAAAUGUAUUAAAUUUUGAACUUUCCCUGCACUCUCCCAUUCAUAUGUGUAGUUAAAAUAAUAAAAUAUAGUUUGUUUUUGUAAAAAAUUGAUGUUAACAAAAAUAUCAAGAAUAUAUUAGCUUAUUGUUUAAACUAUGUAAAUGUCUUAUAUUUUCUAAUAUAGUUUUUCAAAACAAUUCCCCGGCUAUUAGAGAUAAACCUCUUAAUGAGUAUUACAGAAUCUAAGUGCAAGAAGGAACAAGUUCAAAUGACAUCUUAAUAAACUAUUUCUCUAGAUUUUUGUUGUAGAAGAAUCACUUCAAAAUCAAUACACUAUUCCAAGUUAAAUUUCUAGUCUGCAACAUAUGAAAAUCAUGGAAUUCUAGAAGCAUUUGUACUGGUUUUCUUUACACUACCAUCAUCUCAUCUAAUCCUUCAUUUUCUAAUGGGGAAAAUUUAACAUUAGAAAAAUUAAAUCUUACAAUAUCAGAUACUAUGGAGUGGGAAUCAAAAAAGAUUCUCUGAUUUCUAGUUCAACUAAUCUUCUGUUACAUUUGUUGUUUCCCAGUAAUAUUGCUGAUGUUCCACUUGGGUGAAGUAUCAAGUGAAAAGUACUUUGAAAAAUAAAAUAGAUGCAAUUAACUGCUUCUACUUAUUUAUUACUUAUUCAUUUCUCCUCUAGUUUUUCCUGUCUCCCCCAUUAGAAUGUGAGCUACUCGAGGGCAGGAAUUACUUGCUUCUCUUUGUGUCCUCAAUGUUUAGCACCUGGCGCCUGGCACAAAAUGACGUUAUGGUUGAUUCAGACGUUCAAAGAGUUCAAGUAAAGGAGAAUAUUAAAUUCACACCUUCAUUAUCUGAACAGCGGCAUAAGUUUGUUUUAGAUUUUGUGCGGAAACACAAACCCCAAAAGGUUGCUGAUUUGGGAUGUGCUAAUUGUAAGCUAUUAUGGAGGCUAAAAUAUCACGAAUCCAUUGAGGUGCUUGCUGGAUUGGAUAUUGAUGAGAACAUAUUAACACGUAACAUUUAUAGGUUACAUACAGGUGCUGGAGACUAUCUAGACCCCAGGGAAAGACCUUUAACUAUUACCUUAUAUCAUGGCUCUGUGGUGGAAAAAGAUCCUUGCCUCCUUGGAUUUGAUUUGAUAACAUGCAUAGAAUUAAUAGAACAUCUAGAAGCCAAAGAAUUGGCCCAGUUCCCAGAAGUAUUAUUUGGAUUCUUCUCUCCAACCACAGUUAUUAUCAGCACACCGAAUUUCGAAUUUAAUCCCUUGUUUUCAGGAAAGACACUAUUCCGACAUCCAGAUCAUAAGUUUGAAUGGGACAGAACACAAUUUCAGAGCUGGGCUUCAGAUGCAGCAAGAAAUUAUGGUUAUUCAGUGGAAUUUACUGGAUUAGGGGAACCACCACCUGGAGCUGAGGCUGUUGGAUUCUGUACUCAGAUAGGGAUCUUUAUGAAAAAUAAACCAAACACACAAUCUCUACACAAUGAAAAAACUAUAGAAUGCACUCACACAACAGUUGGUACAGUAAUAUAUCCGAGCUUGAAGGAAGAAAAAUACCUUCGAAAGGCAGUAUCCAAUGAAGUUUUUUCUCAAAUCUUAAAAAUGAAGAGAGUUCUAUUAGAGAGUCUCAAGAUGAAGAAUGACAGUGACAGUGGUGAUGAGCUUGAAUUUGUCAAGCCUAAAUAUAAUGAAUCCAAAAACGACCCCUUUGAGGAGACCCCCAAGCCGUUCUGUAUUGAAAAUGUACUCUAUGUACCUCUGGAAAGGCUUUUCUCUUUCCCCAAAAUAAAACACCUAUGUGGUGACCUUGAGACGUUAAAAAUGCUAAUUGCUGAUGAAGUAACACUAAGCAGUGAUGGUUCUUCUGUCAUGAUUAACAUUGUCGAUGAAGAGGACUGUGAUUUGAGUGACAAUGAUGGGGAUGACUUAUGAUUUGGAUGACAAUGAGGAGCAUAAUUGUGGCUCUAAUAGGACAUGUGUAUAAUGGGGAUGACCAUGAAGAUCAUUGCUAAGUCAUUGUUGUUGUUUUCACAAAUUCAGGGAAUUAAACUUCUUAAUGGGC